AUGGCAACCGAUAUCCUUUUCGAAUCACCAACCAUCAUCACCGGCGACGAGUCCGCCGAGCCGUUUGUUGCCGACGUGUUGGUCUCGGGAGGCCUAGUAGCCAGGAUUGGGGCUCCAGGCUCGAUAGACGUUCCCUCGACUACUCGCCGGAUCAGCGCAAAGGGUCAUGUUCUGUCCCCAGGCUUCAUCGACAUGCACGCGCAUUCCGAUCUCUAUCUUCUCACGCAUCCAGACCAUGAAGCAAAAAUAACCCAAGGUUGCACGACUGAAGUUGUUGGGCAAGAUGGCAUCUCUUAUUCACCAAUCCGCAACCUCGACCAACUCAGAGCCAUUCGGGAGCAGAUUGCCGGCUGGAACGGCAACCCCACUGACGAAGAAUGUCGGACAACACUCAGCGGCGUGGGAAUGUUUGAAUGGAAGACUGUGGGCGAGUACCUCGACUGCUUGGAGCGCAACAAAACGGCGACAAACGUUGCCACGCUGGUGCCGCAGGGCAAUCUGAGGUUACUCGCAUGUGGUCCUUAUGACACGCCUGCAUCGCCAGAGGAGAUCCAGGAUCAAAUUCAGCUGUUACGAGAGGCAAUGGCCCAAGGCGCCGUCGGCAUGUCCAGUGGUCUCACUUAUACCCCCGGCAUGUACGCCUCUACGUCAGAGCUGGCGUCACUCUGCGAGGCACUGGCGAAAGAAUUCCCGGGUGCCUUCUACGCGCCUCACCAUCGCAGCUAUGGAUUCCAGGCCAUUGAAAGCUAUGCUGAAAUGCUAGGCCUGGGCGAGUCGACGGGCUGUCCCAUCCACCUCACGCACGCGACUCUGAACUUUUCGGAAAACAAAGGCAAGGCCCCUGUCCUCAUAUCCAUGAUUGAUAAAUCUAUCGAAAAGGGGAUCGACGUAACGCUCGACACGUACCCCUAUCUUCCCGGUAGCACGACUCUGGCCGCUCUGCUACCGAGCUGGGCAUCAUCAGGCGGUCCGUCAGAAACACUGAAGCGGCUAGAAGACGCAGAGACUAGAGACAAAAUCCGCGAAGCCGUCGAAGUCACUGGAUGCGACGGUGGCCACGGCAUCCCGACAAAUUGGGAAGAGAUCCAGAUCGGCGCCACCAGCGAUCCAUCUCUGGCUUCGUAUUCCGGGCGCAGAGUGGCCGAGAUCGCCCAGUCGCAGGGAAAGCCGGCGAUCGAAGUGUUCUUCGAGCUGCUUCAGAAGGACAAGCUCGCGACGAGCAUCAUCAUGCAUGUUGGCAACGAGGAGAAUGUGCAGCUGAUCAUGCAGCAUCGCGUGCACAUGGCGGGCAGCGAUGCGAUUUUGCAUGGCAAGACGCUCCACCCACGAGCGUACGGAACGUUUCCUCGAUAUCUUGGCCAUUACUCACGCGAUCUGUCUCUGAUCCCUCUCCCUGCCAUGGUCGCUCAUCUCACGUCUCGCCCAGCGAAGCGACUCUCUGUGUACCCUUUCCGGGGCCUUAUCGCCGAAGGUUCGGCUGCUGACCUGGUGCUCUUCGACCCGGAGACCAUCAAAGACAUGGCAACCUACGAAGAGCCAAAGCUUCCAAGCAAGGGCAUUAGAUUCGUCCUGGUGAACGGUCAUGUGGCACUGGACGAGGGCAAGAUGACUGGCGCACGAGGUGGCAAGACGCUGAGAAGAGGUAUAGACGGGAAAGUCAAGGCCAGAGAUGAGUAG